AUGAGGCGCAGGUGUGAGGGCACCCUGGGCAACUGGUGCCUGGACUUUGAGACCCAGGUGGAGGUGCCGGCACGGAGUGCUCCGCGAGGCACCCGCAGCUGCAGCCUGGAUUGCAACAAGGCAGGCUGGACGGGCUUCAACUGCCUUCACCCCAUGAAGCGCUACUGCACCCACAAGCACCGGGAGUAUGGGUUUGACGUGGAGCGCGUGCCGGCUAACCUGAGCGAGUGCGAUGAGGACAUUGGAGCCUGUUACUGCCCUUCCAACACCACCUAUGGCCGGAUUCCAGCCCCGCCCGAGGCGCCACAAGGCAGCAGGCCGGUGCAGCAGGGGCGCCCCAUGUUUGAGUACUGCCAGCCCAAUCGGUUGCCGGAUGGCCGCGAGACGGCGUGGGGCACAGUGGACCCGGAGCAGCUGUUUGGCCCGCAGGGCUGGUGCAACGCGCCAGAGCCGCAGCACCUGUGCGCAUGCAUCGUGGACGGGCGCCAGGCCAGCGUGCAGCCCUGGAUCGCAGAACUGGUGCACACGCCGGCAGCCCAGGACCCCCUGCCAGGCGCCACCCGCAGGCGGCCGCUCAUCUUCGUCUACGAGAUGGCUGCCGACUAUGGCACACUCCUGGCGCAGUACCGCUUCGGCACUGAGGACUGCGUGCCGCGCUUCUUCAAGCCUGGCAACAAGUCUGUGCUGUCAACCUGGACGUACAGCCUGGAGUUUGGGCUGCUGGAGAUGAUGCUGCAGAGCGAGCACCGCACCUUGGACCCCGAGGAAGCGGACUUCUUCUACGUUCCUGUCUUCCCCAGCUGCUUCAUCUGGCCUGUGAGGUCGACUGCCGACAGCCUGCGGGACUUCUAUUAUGGUUGGGCGCAGAGCCGUGUGCAGGGCGCCGCCAACCUCCUGUUGGAGGCCUACCACUGGCUGCGGGCGCACUACCCCUACUGGGACCGGCGGGGCGGGCGGGAUCACAUCUGGCUGGUGACCCAUGACGAGGCCAGCUGCUACGUGCCCGCCGCCAUCAAGAGCGCCAGCAUCAUCCUGAGUCACUGGGGCCGCAAGGACCCCAACCACACCUCCGGCACCGGAUUCCCGGGCAACGUGUAUCACCUCAACGUGUCUCACCCUCACUGGGAGCCAGAGGGCUCGAUGGCCAAGCUGGACCUCUCCCAGCCCUGCCACGACCCCGUCAAGGACCUGGUGCUGCCGCUGAUGAAGACGCCGGACCACUACCACCAGUCUCCGCUGGUGGGCGCCCCCACCCGCAACCGCACAUGGCUGGCCUUCCACCGCGGGCGGCAGCACAAGACUGACGCGCCAGAGUACUCCCGUGGCGUGCGCCAGCGCCUCUGGAGCGCCUCCCAGGAGCACGGCUGGCUGGACAAGUACGGCAUUCUGCUGGGAGAGAAUCCCAGCUCCCCAGGUGCGGAAGAGGUUAAGCUGGCUGGAGACUACUCCCAGCUGCUGGCAUCCUCCAUCUUCUGCCUGGUGCUGCCAGGGGACGGCUGGUCCGCGCGCAUGGAUGAUGCCACGCUGCACGGCUGCAUCCCCGUCAUUGUGAUGGAUGAGGUUGAUGUUUCAUUCGAGUCUGUCAUUGACCUUCAGCAGUUCACUGUGAGAGUGGCGCAGGCGGAUGUGGAGCGGCUGCCCGAGAUCCUGCUGGAGAUCUCGCAGGAGCGGCGGCAGGAGAUGCAGCGCGCCCUUGGGCGCGUGUGGCACAAGUUGACGUACUCGAGCUACCGCCCCUAUGCCAAGCGCUUCAGACAGAUUCAGGCCGACCACAAGCAGGAGGCGGCAGCAGCUGGCGGAGGCGCCGAUGGCGGCGGGCUGGGCGGCGAGACCGCGCUGGCGCUGUCGCUGCCAGAGGCGGUGGUGGGAUUAGACCCUGAGGCAGAUGACGCAUUUGCCACGCUGAUGGGCUGGCUGUACAGCCGGAUCGAUGCCACGCGGUAG